AUGUCUCACUCUGAAUUGCCAUCACCAAAGAGGCUGCGACUCUCUUCUCCAACAUAUGACGAACAAUGUUGUCUCAGCCAGGAAGAAAUUAAGGCAUUUGACGACUACGAGAAGCGAAUGACACAGAGCUCCUCUUCCAUUCCCCAACCAUCGCACGUUUCAUUGCCUGGCUCUGGGAAGAGGAAAAGAGAGAAAUCUAUCCAGCAGGAUCCUGAGGACAAUGGCGACAGUGACGUGUCCCACGACAAGAGCGAAUACGAAUCUUCAGCUAAUUCGUUGUUGCAACGAGCAACCCACCCUCGUCGGGACGUGAGAACCCAUCCAUCGAACACAGAACCCAAUGCAAUUUCUUUAUUUGCGUCUUCCGCUGAAUUAUCUGCUAAGGAAGAUACUACGGCACCAAUUUCUUUCACCGAUCUUCCUGCUGCAGGAAGAUCCUCAGGCGGAUUCACGUCCGCAGCAUUGCUCACUCCGCAGGAGCAUCCGGCAACAUCUCAGAAAGAUACCAAUAAUGAUGAUAUUGCUCAUCGCACUACUACUGUAACCCCUGCGAAGCGCUCCGGGUUCGGGUUUGCCUCUGCACUAACCAUGGCGUCAAAUCCCCAGUUUGACUCUAUUCCUUCAUCAUCCCCCGAUGCCACCCCGGAGCCGGACUACUCUACUUGGUUCGAACCUUCAACAGUUCCAGAAACCGCGAUGGUUGGCUUUCAGUCAGCGAAAGACAUCAGUAAGUCCAUGGCACCGUUGGAAUGUGCAGCAGCAGGUUCUGCUGGCUGCCUUUCUGGGUUCAAAUCCGGGCGCGAUAUAUUUCUCAAGUCCUUUCAGCCGGAGCAUGAAGAAGAAUCGAGUAGCACGGUGCCCCUUAAAGCGAGCUUGCCAGGAUUCACGUCCGUACGCCUACUGCCUGGUGUUAGUGGAACUCCCGCUGACCCAUCCCUGAGCGAAUGCACCUCUGGGCUCAGCGUCUUCAAUCCAAAUAGUUCGAAUGGUACUAAGGGCAAAGCCCGAGCGAGCAACUGGACGGCUCCUUCAGCCGAAGCGUUGGCUCGUGCACAGCAGCUGAUGAAGCGUUGGGAGCAGGAGAUGGACAGCAAAUCCACAGACGUAGCUCAGCCCGAGCAAGGGAAAGAGAACAUACAGGGCGCACACCCCUCGGCGGCCUUCGAGACACCCUCGCGCCCGGCUCUACGCUCUGUGGAGAACGCGUUCUCCCCCGCGCAGCCACCUGAGAGUCCGAGUCCAGCAGGCGCAGAAAUGGGGAAACCGUUGGCGCCAGCCAGCAGGAUGGGCAUCCAAUCGAAGAACAAGAUGUUCAAGUCCCCCCUCCUGAUGCGGCCCCCACAGAAGGCGGCGUCGAGCAUGCCCUUUGUGGCGCCGCUUCUCAACCCACAGGAUCGGCCAUCCGCCAAGCUCCCGGCUGCCUUCCCCGCUCUCUUACCUGCAGAAGCCUCUACGUCUGAUCUCCCGAGUACUCCGGCUCCUCGUGCUAAAGCGCUAGGCUUAACGCCGCGGAGGCUGGGAGGUAUGGCUGCGACAGGGAAGCCAAAGUUCUCCACGCCGUUUAAGCUUGGUAUGAGACCUGGCGAGCCUGGAAGGUCACAGCUCGAGCAGUCCCACGCUAGAGAGAAAGAAGUGACAAUAACCGUUGCGCCUAUGCAACACGGCUCACCGUACUCCAUUCGGCCCAAAAAGAAACAACACAAAUUCUUCGACUUGGGUAAGCAGGUCUCGAGAGUAUCACUGACAGCUACUGAGCUCUUCCCGCAAAAGUGGGCUGCAGAUGAGCUUGCCAGCCACGGCAUGUUCGUACCCACUUUCAUCGUGUAUGCUCCCAUUAAACUGAACAUCUUCCGUAGUGAUGCGAAAGAGUUGGACACGAUCACGCCCGGUCUGGCAUUGUACUACUCUUUCCAUGCUACAUGGGACGCCCCAACUUCCACGCCUUCUGAGCCCGUCAGACUUGGUGCCGAUGCGGCACUCGCCCGACUACUCGAACUGGGGUGCAAGCUUGUGACAAAGGAGUGGACCGACAACCACUGGGGCUUGAUCCUGUGGAAGCUCGCCGGUAUGGUCUGCAUGAAUCCAGAGCACGAAGAUAACCCAGACGAGAGAAGGUGGUGCUUUGAGGAAGUUGUGAAGCAGCUGCUCUAUAGGCAAGGAAACAUUUCUACGCAUCGCACGCACGUGCCACUCAUACUGAUCGACCCGUAG